AUGACUGAUGGGAUUCAGAUAUUUGUGCUGUGUCACAGUCUGCUCCAGCUCACCCAGUUGCUGCACAGUGCCUACUUCAAGAGCUGCAUCACCACCAUUGAACGUCGCUUCGGUUUCAACAGCAUGUCUAUGGGCACCGUCUCCUCUCUGCACGAGAUGGGGAACAUGGUGCUGGUGGUGUUUGUCAGUUACUUUGGGAGCCGGGUCAACCGGCCUCGUUUCAUUGGCUUUGGGGGGCUGCUCAUGUCCUGUGCUGCUGCCACCUUGGCCCUACCUCACUUCCUGUCCAAGCCCUACCAGUACCACUUUAUGGAGAAUUCCUCUGCCCCUGAAGUGUGCAGACAGGGGGGAGGUGGGGACCCCUCUGAGGUGCGGACCCAGUGGCUGACCAUGGCAGCUGCCCAGGUGCUGUUUGGCAUUGGCUCGGUGCCCAUCCAGCCCUUUGGCAUCUCCUAUAUAGAUGACUUUGCUGAGCCUGGGAAUUCAGCUCUUUACAUUGCCAUCCUUUUCUCCAUCUCUGUGUUUGGGCCAGCCUUUGGGUACCUCCUGGGUUCCAUGAUGCUCCGAAUCUAUGUUGAUGUGGACAAGAUAGACAGUCCGUUGGACCUAACCCCGUCUGAUCCUCGCUGGGUUGGGGCAUGGUGGAUGGGCCUGCUGGUAUCCUCUGGAUGUCUGGCUCUGGCCUCCAUCCCCUACUUCUUCUUCCCCAGGGUCAAGGUCCCGGCCCAGGCCAAAGCACCUAAGACUGAAAGUGACCCUUUGAAAGAUGAGACCUCUUUAGAGACCUCUUUAAUUGACUUCUUAAAGAUGUUCCCGCGUCUGCUCCUGAGGAUGCUGCUGCGGCCUGUCUUCCUGCUGCUGAUCCUGUCUCAGUGUUGUUUCUCCUCCUCCAUCGUCGGCCUCGCCACCUUCCUCAGCAAGUUCCUGGAGCACCAGUACGGCACCACCGCCACCUACGGCAGCUUACUCAUCGGGGCCAUCAACCUGCCCAUGGCUGCUGUAGGGCUGCUGCUGGGCGGGGUGGUGAUGAAGCGUGUACGCCCACCUGUGCGGACCCUCCUCUGGCUGUGUUUGGUACCUCUCUCCCUCUCCAUACUGCUCUGUGUACCUCUCUUCUUCAUGGGCUGUUCCACUCAGAGAGUGGCGGGGGACCAUCCGAUCUCACUAGUGUUUUUCCCCAGGUCUCUAUCUCUCUGUAACUCCAACUGUUCCUGUCUGAAUAACGUAUUUAACCCUGUGUGUGGAGAGGACAACACAGAGUACAUCUCUCCCUGUCACGCUGGCUGCACCAAUGUCACCAUCGACACACUAAACCCUCACCGAGUCCAGACUUACACCAUGUGUAGCUGUGUGACCGCUCUGUCUGCUGUGCCCGCUGGCGCGGCUGGUAUGGGGAUAGGCAGGGCCCUCCCAGGUUCUUGUACCAAGAGCUGCCCUCACCUCGUCCUGCCGGCCAUUCUCCUCAUCGCCUUCGCUGGCUUCAUUGCCAGCCUCUCCCACAACCCCAUCUAUAUGAUGGUGCUCAGGACAGUCUUUCAAGAGGAGAAAUCCUUUGCAAUUGGAGUCCAGUUCCUGUUGAUAAGAAUGCUAGCCUGGCUGCCAGCCCCUGCUGUGUUUGGGCUGGCCAUCGACUACUCCUGUGUCUGGUGGAAGCACGCCUGUGGGAAUAAACAGGGCGCCUGUGGUUACUACGACAACAACAUCCUUCGGAACAGGUACUUUGGGCUGCAGGUGGGUUAUAAGUGCCUGGGGUUGGUGCUGCUAGCUCUGGCAGGCUGGAGAGUACAGCACACACCUUGUCUGAGUAUUGAGAAGGAGCCUGAGGUGCCGGUGUGA